UAAAACAUCUGGAUACAUUUUUCCCACGGACUCAGAAGGUUCUGUUUAUUUCCGCUCAAAGCUUUUAUUUUAAAGGUACAAUUCAAACCGGAAACAGAUCCAUUACUUCCGCAUGUCGACACAUGUCGUUAACAUCGAACAUAUUUCACAUUUUUAAGAUUUUUAGUCGCAAAAAUGCAAGUAUGCAACGUGUGCCGGGAACAAACACCAAAAUACAAAUGUCCAACUUGCAAAAUACGAUAUUGUUCAGUUGGCUGUUACAAGAAGCAUAAAGAUUCUUGUCUUCCUGUUCAACCACCUGAACCUUCUGGUCCUGAAGUAAAACCUGCCUCCAGUUCAGAUCCGUGGAGCGUUGAAGAUCUGCUGAAUGAAGAUGAUAUCAUCGAUAAAGUCCCUGUGGAGAAGCUGCAGCUGUUGGGUCGGUCCGAUCAGCUUCGGGACCUCCUCCGUAACCCCCACCUCCGACAGUUACUGCGCUCCGUAGAUGCCGCCGACAGUAAAGAGGACGCCAUGAAGGCCGCCAUGCAGGAGCCACUGUUCGUGGAGUUUUCCGAUUGUUGUUUGAACAUCGUAGAAGAUGGGACGGCGCCAACACACACUUAAAACUUCACCAGUGAAAAUGUGUUUUCAAUCUUAAAAUGUCACUUUGGGCCAAAUGUCUUCUGUAGUUUUGAUGUCAUUGCCUGGUUCUGCUACACUUUGUGUAAAUACUGUACGUAUGUAAUGUUGAAAUAAAAGAUGAACCUUUUUCCACCAG